AUGACGAUAAUUCAUGUUGUUCUCUUUGAAUGGAAACCCACUGCUUCCUCAGACCAGAUUUCAGAGGCAUGCAAACAGAUGCUUGCACUCAAGGACAAAUGCAUCCAUCCAACCUCCCAAAAGCCCUACAUUAAAUCAUUUUCUGGAGGAAAGAACAACAGCCCUGAAGGCCACUCUGGUAACUUCACCCACGGAUUUGUUGUAGAAUUCGAAAGCGAGGAAGAUCGCGACUAUUAUAUCUACAAGGACCCAGCACAUCAAGACUUUGUAAAACUUGCCGGCGAGAUGGCGAACGGUGUGAAGGUCCUCGACUACGAGCCUGGAAAGUUGUAA